AUGCGGUCAGUCGCAUCGCACGCUCUCCGGGCGAUACCGCGUGCGCGGCCCAGCUGGACGUGUCCGGGCUGUCGGCCGCGCACCGUGCGCUGGAGCAGCUCCGACAGCUCUCCUGCGAAGCCAUACUACAUCACGACUCCCAUCUUUUACGUCAAUGCCUCUCCCCAUGUCGGGCACUUGUACUCCAUGGUCCUGGCCGACGUGCUGAAGCGAUGGCAGCAGAUCAACGGCAGGCAAGCCGUCCUGUGCACCGGCACCGACGAACACGGCAUGAAGAUACAGAAAGCCGCGGCAAAGGAGGGCAUGCAGCCCAGGGAGUUCUGCGACUUCAACUCCAGCAAGUUCAGGGCCCUGGCUGCAUCGGCAGACGUCCAGCACGACUUCUUCCUCCGCACCACCGACGACCAACACAAGGAGGCUGUCCAGCGCUUCUGGCUGCAGCUCAAGCACAGUCUCCCCGAAGACAGGGGCCUGUACAAGGGCACCCACAAAGGGUGGUACUGCGUCGACGACGAGUGCUUCUAUCCCGCCGACAUGGUCCAGGCCAGCAUGGUGCCGCAGACGGGGAGAAAAAUCAUGGUCAACGUCGAGACGGAAAACGAGGUCGAAUGGGUCGAGGAGGAGACUUGGUUCUUCCCCUUGGCCAAGUACAAGGGCGCCCUGCUCGAGUUUUACGACGCGAACCCCGACUGGAUCACCCCGGCGCACAAGAUGAAGGAAGUGCGCCACUGGGUCGAGAACCACCUCGAGGACCUGUCCAUCACCCGCCCAGCGUCGCGCCUCGGCUGGGGCAUUCCCGACCCGGAGGACGACGAGCAGACCAUUUACGUCUGGGUCGACGCGCUCAUCAACUACAUCACCAACGCCGGCUACGGGACCAAGUGGCACACGGCCAAGGAGGACAUGGGCCUGUGGCCGGCUGACUUGCAGGUCAUUGGCAAAGACAUUCUCCGCUUCCACGGUGUCUACUGGCCCGCGCUGCUCAUGGCCAUGGGGCUCCCGCUGCCCAAGAAGAUUCUCUGCCACAGCCACUGGACCAUGUCGAACCGCAAAAUGUCAAAGUCGCUCGGUAAUGUCGUCAACCCCUUUUUCGCCAUGCAGCGGUGGGACACGGACCCGCUGCGCUACUUUUUGAUGCGCAGCAGCAACUUCAGCAAGGACAUGAGCUACUCCAACCAGCUCAUCGGGCCCGUAUACGUCAAAGAGCUGCAGGCCAAUCUGGGCAACCUGUUCUACAGGAUUGCCAGGCCCAAGGUGACGGGCAAGUGGUCGACGCUCGAGGCCGUCUCGGCAUACCGAGACGGUGCCUUUGAUGAACUGCUGGAAUUUGAGAACAAGGACAGCGUGGGACAGCUCUACUUUAGGCUGGGGUCUUACCUCGAGAAGACGACGUGGGCGUUUAGCGCCGAGAUGGACAAGUUGAACACGGGCGGCGCCAUUCGAGAAGUGUUUGAGCUGCUUCGAGAGACAAACCGCUACAUUUCCGACACGGCGCCGUGGGACCUGGUCAAGGGUGCCGACCCCAAAGCACGCACGCUCCUGCACUGGGUCAUCUUCAACGGUGCCGAGGCGUUGCGAAUUGCGGCCAUUCUGCUACAGCCCGUCAUGCCGACCAAGGCAGCCGUGCUUCUCGACGAGCUCGGGGUCAAGGCGGAGAGGCGGACGGUCGAGUACGCGCAUAUGGGCAAGGACACAGAGUACGGGACGUCGGCCAAGCCCGACGCGGACGGGGGCAGGAUCAAGAAAUGGGACACGGUCUUCCCGCCGACGCCAAACGAGAAUGACUCGGAUGCGCAGGUGGUGGAGAAUCUGAGGGCGUUGCUGCACCACAAGACGAGGAACAAGAUGAACCAGAUGGCCGAGAUGCUUGCCAUGGAGUCGCGGAUGGGCGAAGAGGAGGUGCAGAAGCUGCUGCUGCAGACGUACGGACCCAAGGAUGACUCGACGCCCGCAGAGGGUAGCAUGUCGUACUUGCUCUGCCGUGUGGGCGAUGAAAUGAGGCUCAACGAAAAGACGGCGGUUGCCACAAGCAAGGUGCUCCUGGUGCCAUAUCAAGAGCGCCAUGUGCUCAAGUACCACGGCUGGAUGCAGGACCCGAGCAUCCAAGCGGCGACGGCGUCGGAGCCCCUGAGCUUGCAGGAAGAGUACGAGAACCAGGCGUCGUGGCGGGCUGCGCGGGAUAAGCUGACGUUUAUCGUGUGCGCGCCGCUCGAGGACGUGGUGGCGGACGGGGAGUCGUCUGCGUCUGUGAGGGCGCAAGAGGGCGAUGCCGAGGACAGGACGAGGGGAGACGUCAACUUUUUCCUCUAUCCCGCCGACGACGAGGACGAGGACGAGAGGCCACAGGUCGACGUCAUGAUAGCCGAGAGGGAGCAUCGCGGCCGGGGCCUAGGUAGAGAGGCGGUCCGGGCCCUGCUGGCAUACCUGUGCCGGCACAAGGACGAGAUGCUGGCCCAGUACGAGCAGCAGCACCAGGACGACGAGGGGGCCAAGCUCAGGGGCGUCAUGGCCAAGAUCAAGCAGGGCAACGCGGGCAGCAGGGCUCUGUUCGACGGCCUCGGCUUCCGGCAGCAAGGCGGGGUGAAUUACUUUGGCGAGGUGACCAUGUUCAUGGCCUGGGCCGAGGUGGAAAGGCGGGUCAAGGAGGAGGAUGCGUGGCUGCGAGGUUAUCGAGAGAUGGCGUAUGAGUAG